AUGUCAUUCAACGAUUUGGAACAAGGACUUGGUGGUAGUGGCGCUGGAAAUGGAAGAGGCUCACGACAAAACACACCUUUACUCUCGGACGACGACCGAGAAUACAAGACAUUGACGCAACGAGUAUCUCAACAAGUAUUUCACAUCAAUGGAAAUAUCAGCAGUAUUGAACGUCUUGUUGGAUACCUUGGUGGUUCAAGAGAUACGCCGGACACUCGCACUAAGCUCCAUGAAGUAACCGAAUCGACUCGCGAACUCAUCAAAGACUCGACCAAUGACCUCAAGAAUCUAGCGCAAUUCCAGACCAUUGACCCGAAAAAAGCACGCCAACGUAAAUUGGAACAACAAAAGCUUUCCAAGGACUUCCAAAAAGUGCUCGGCGAGUUCCAAAAGGUGCAACGACUUUCUGCCAGUAAACAACGUGAAUAUGUGGAUAAGACAAAAGCUACUACGGCAAUGCUUCAAUCACAGCAGGCAAUAGCCGAGGAAGAAGCUGUACAUGGUCAACAACAACAACAACAAACCGAAGUCCAAGCAGCUGAUGAUGCUCAACGGCGGAUGCAAUUGCAGGCUCUGGACAAUGAGAUUGAAUACAAUGAAGUCAUGAUUACAGAACGUGAAGGAGAGAUCCAGGGCAUCGAACAAGGUAUCACAGAGCUCAAUGAGAUCUUUCGAGAUUUGGGUAUGCUUGUCAAUGAACAAGAGAGCGGCAUUCAAAGCAUCUAUGGCAACGUCCUCAACAUUUCCCAAAAUACACGCCAAGCUGCUGAUGAACUCACAGUCGCCAAUCGCCAUCAAAAGAAUGCUAGAAAGAAUAUGUGCUGCCUGCUGCUGAUAGUAACAGUGGUCGCUUGUGUCCUUGCGCUCAUCAUUGUUGUCGCCAAAUAA